AUGGGAUCUCAAUCACUGCUGUUGCUCUGUGUUUUGUGCCUGGACUCGGUGUUCGCUCAGGUCAGUUACUCCGUUCCUGAAGAAAUGCCCAAAGGCUCUGUAGUUGGAAACAUAGCGCAGGAUUUGGGCAUAGAUUUGAAACGACUCAAAUCAGGAAAAGCACGUGUAUAUACGGGAAACAAUGUCGAAUACAUCGGUCUGAAUAAAGAAAGAGGAGUCCUGUUUAUCCAGGAGAGGAUCGACAGAGAGGCGUUCUGCGGUGAGACGACGCCUUGUGCUUUAGAUUUUCAGUUAAUUUUGGAAAAUCCGAUGGAAAUGUUUCGAAUUACAGUAGAAAUUACAGAUAUAAACGACAACUACCCGAGUUUCACCAAUGCAGAAAAACGAUUUGAGAUCAGCGAGUCAGCAAUAUUAGGAUCUAAAUUCAUACUGGAAAAAGCCAUUGACCCUGAUAUUGGGGUAAAUGGACUCCAAAAAUAUUCACUUAGCCCAACGGAUAAUUUUAUACUACAAAUGGAAAACGAAGCAGACGGGGGUAAAAAGGUGGAGAUGGUUUUACAGAAAGCUUUAGAUCGGGAAAUACAGGCGCAUAUCCCAUUACUAUUAACCGCUACAGACGGAGGGGAGCCGCAGAUGUCGGGAACAAUGCAGAUAUUUGUGACUGUGCUAGACGCGAACGACAACGCACCUGUUUUCUCCAGACCAUUGUACAGAGCAAAGAUAAUGGAGAACUCCCCCAAAGAGACCAGUAUACUCACUGUGAGCGCAUCAGAUAAAGAUAUUGGCUUGAAUGGAAUGGUCUCCUACACGAUGACGCCGAGCAAAUUGCGUUUGAAUGAUAUUUUUAAAAUUGAUGAAAUAAAUGGCGUUAUCACCUCAUUUGGCGAACUCGAUUAUGAAAGGGUGGGUAGUUACCAGAUUGACAUUGAAGCUGUUGACAGAGGUGGACUGUCAGAUUCAGCAAAGGUCAUCAUUGAAAUCGGUGAUAUCAACGAUAAUAAACCAAAUAUAAACAUAGUGUCUAAAUCGGACUUGGUUUUAGAGGACUCGCCUCCAGAGACAGUGAUAGCCAUGUUAAGUGUAAAUGAUCCUGACUCAGAGAACAAUGGGCAGGUAAAUUGUAUUCUAAACAAUUUAAUUCCUUUUAAAAUAAAGUCCACCUCAAAUGGAUUUUAUUCUCUCGUCUCAGAUACAUAUUUAGACAGAGAGCAGGCGUCUCAAUACAACAUCACAGUCACGUGUUCAGAUGAGGGCGUGCCCUCUCUCUCCAGCAGCGUCACUCUCACGUUACACAUCUCUGAUGUGAAUGACAACGCGCCUGUCUUUGACAGGAGCUCGUAUGAGGCCUACAUUGUAGAAAACAACAGCCCGGGCCUCUCUAUAUUCACAGUGAAAGCCACAGACGCUGACUGGAACCAGAACGCGCGUGUCUCUUACAUACUGGAGGACUCCUCUGUUAACGGAGUGCCAGUCUCCUCAUAUGUGUCCGUUAGUGCAGAUAGCGGAGUCAUCCAUGCAGUGCGCUCCUUUGACUACGAGCAGAUCAAGGAUUUCCGGUUCUGCGUCAAAGCGCAGGACGGAGGCUCUCCUCCUCUCAGCAACAAUGUGACUGUGAAAAUCCUGGUUCAGGAUCAGAACGAUAACGCCCCUCAGGUGCUGUACCCAGUCCAGACUGGGGGUUCUCUGGUGGCUGAGAUGGUGCCUCGUUCAGCAGAUGUGGGCUAUCUGGUCACUAAAGUGGUGGCUGUGGAUGUGGACUCUGGACAGAAUGCCUGGCUCUCCUAUAAACUGCAGAAAGCCGCAGACAGGGCGCUGUUUGAAGUGGGCUUACAGAAUGGAGAAAUAAGAACUAUCCGCCAAGUGACUGAUAAAGAUGCAGUCAAACAGAGACUGACUGUUAUAGUGGAGGACAACGGGCAGCCCUCUCGUUCAGCUACAGUCAUUGUUAACGUGGCGGUGGCGGACAGCUUUCCUGAAGUACUGUCUGAGUUCACUGACUUUACGCACGACAAGGAGUACAAUGACAACCUGACUUUUUACUUAGUGCUGGCUCUGGCUGUAGUCUCCUUUCUGUUCAUCACGUGUGUAGUGGUCAUUAUCUCAGUGAAAAUCUACAGAUGGAGACAGUCUCGCAUCCUGUAUCACUCCAAUCUGCCAGUGAUCCCAUAUUAUCCUCCACGUUACUCAGACACUCUGGGCACAGCGACUCUCCCACACGUGUACAAUUACGACACGUGCAGGACCACAGACUCCAGAAAGAGUGACAUUAAAUACAUGCAGCCCAUGAGUCAAAGUCUGGUCAGUGUUGAUGACGUCGAGAUUGAUUCUGCGCAGAAUGGACAUCAGAGAUCCACAAACUCUACACUGUUUGAGUAA